AAGGGCGUCUCUUUCCGCCCUGAACGGGUGAUUGGUCGGGUAGCGCGACAUACUGUCUCCGGUCGUGCUUCAGGAAAGCAGCAUCACUGCGACACAGGCUAUACCUACUUUUUGAAUUAAGUGAAAGUGAAAAUCGCCAUGGCUGAGUACGAGAAAAAGCCCGAACCCGGAGACCUGAUUGAAAUCUUUCGAGGUUUAUAUCAGCACUGGGCUAUUUAUGUUGGAGAAGGUUAUGUGAUUCACCUGGCCCCUCCCUCUGAACAGCCAGAAGCUGGAGCCAACAGUUUUAUGUCGGUGCUACAUGAUAGAGCCACAGUGAAGAAAGAAGAGCUUCACGAAGUAGUUGGCGAUAAUGAGUACCGUGUCAACAACCGUCUGGAUGAGAAAUAUGAGCCACGUCCUGUUCGAGAGAUUCUACGGGAUGCACACAGGUUUUUGGGAGAGCAACUUCCAUACAGCGUGCUCACAGGGAACUGUGAGCACUUUGUGACAGAGCUGAGAUACGGAAAACCACAGUCCCGACAGGUACGAGACGCUGUGCAGACUUUUGCUGCAGCUGCUGGGGCCGGGAUUGGCCUUGGAAUCAUCGCUUAUGCCAUUUCAAACUUUUUGAGAUCAAAAGACAAAGAGAAGCAGACACAGUGAACUGUGAGAGAUAAAGAACUAGAAAUACAGGGUUAUUUAAAGUUAAGUUAAAUAUUAAUAACAAUUAAAAAUAUAGCAUGGUGGUAAAAUGGUUUACUGUUGCAAAGAUGAGAAUGGUUAUUUUGUACAACAUUUACAAUAGCUUUUCGUCACUCAGCUGGGCACCACGAAUUCAAUUGUGUCAGCUGUUUUAGUUUAUUGUACAAGGAAAUGUAUUGAAAAUAAAAUAAAAGCUUUGUAAACGCUC